GGGAAGCUAAGCUUGGAUGGGAAAGAGACCCUGGCUGGAGUUGGGGAGGGGAGGUGCUGCCCUCUCGUGGGGCCUCUGCCCUCCCCUCCCUCAAUGAAAGACCCCCACUCCACACACACCCUUGCCACUCUUGGCUUCUGCUGACCUGGGCUGGAAACAGCUGGUGAACGGCCUCCCCCUGGCUCAGGGUUCUCGACUUCCAUGCGGGUCCUGGCGAGCGUUUGGGCCCUGCAGGCUCUUUCCUUGGCCCUGCCCACUGCAGGGACAGCACGACCAGCUGACAGCCGCUAGGAGACUGAAACGGCAAAAGAAAUGGACUUAGAAACGCCCCAAAGAGAAUGCUCUCUUUGUCUUUCGGGGCAACCGUCAACGUCAGGUUUCCAAAGUUAUGAUCAGCCUUCAGAGAGGCACAGACAUUCUUUGGAGGCAUUUGAAGGCACAGGAAAGAGACUCCGGGGGGAGGUUUUAUAUCCAGAGCAUAAAAGGAGAUCGUCUUUGUCGAGCCCCCAACACAGUCUCCAAGACCUGUCUUCCUCCCCCUCCUAUUUUUGCCUAUCUCAUUUAAAAAAUCUGGACUUCUGUUGUGCUCCUGGAGCCUUCUCUUCUGCGGAAUGUUCUGAGGAGACCGUUGGAGGCUGGGCCCGUGCAGCCACAUCCUCAUCCAGUGGGUCAGAGAGCGAAAGUUCUGGCUCCUACCGUACUUCACAGGACCCCAGCUUGCCCGAGGAGGAAGGCUGUUGUCUGCGGGAUGAAGGGACACCAGAACCACCACCGCCACCAGCACAGGCUUCUCUGUUGCUUCUGGAGACUCGUUCAGAAACAACAAGUGUGUGUCUUUCCCUGCAAGCGAAAGAAGUCCAAACUCAGACGUCCGUGGCAAGGAUAAAUAUUGUCCAGAGUUCAGCGUAUGAAAAAGAUGGCCACCUUUGUCUUGUGGAGAAGUCUCUUCAGGUCCAGAUGGGAGCCCUCCGUAGGCCCAAGGCCCAGCCUUCUCUUCCCAAACUGACCCACAAUGAUGAGAAGGGGAAGAAGAGGCAGCCCCCACCACUGGCUUUGGUGGCCCUCAAAUCUCUUCCACACACUGACAAGGCCAGGACGUGCAAGCAUGUCUCCUCUCUGUGCAGGCUUCUGGACACAUUGGGGAAAGCCAUCCCCAAGAGCUCUUCUCAGAGCAGAGAAUGUUCCAGACUGAAUGCCAUCUUUAUCAGUGCCUCUCCUGAUGAGUUUGUCCCUUCGGUCCUGGACCAAGACACCAGGGAUUUCCUUGAGUUUCACAUCAAGAAGAAAAUGGUUCAGUGGAAGUGUGGAAUGCCCAGCGUCGUCGCCAAAUCUGUAGCAGCGUUCCAGUCAAUAACCAGUCUGUGCUCGGGGACAGCGAGCGACAGUCACACACCCACAGGAACCAUCACCCUGGUGUCAAGGAAGCAGGUCGCUCUGACACUCCUCUUCUCCCCCCUUGUGUUUGUGGGCACCUUCUCUUCAGAGCAAGCUCUGGGGCUCAAAAGCACCUUUAUUCUCAGCUCAUGGAAGCCAGAAGAUCUCCAUCGGCUGGCUUUCCACACAGCUGCAAAGGCACUAGAAAUUAAAAUGGGAGCCUUUCCGGAAAUGGUUGGCCAUUCCUUCCAGCUGUUUCGUGGCGCUUCUGAAAAAUCCCUUCCCAAGAUGAUUAAUUCUGGCAACAAGAUCCUGAAGCCGAAGUAUCCUUUGCUGCCAUUCCUUGCCCAGGAGAACAUCUGUAUUCUUGAUCUGAACAUCAAACGUAAAUGCCUCGCUUACUCAGGGAACAUUUCAAUCACGUAUACCAAGCUGACUGCCACCGUGACGACCUCCAUUUCUUCCCGGCCCAGAGAGUCUGAAGAAGAGACCAGGGAGCAGAUGGCUCGGCUUUUGGUAAGCCUCUGGGGGCAAAUUCACAGGGCGGGAAUCGCAUCUUGUGGCUUGAACCAAAGACUUCCACUCCCACAGCUGCUGGACUCUUCCACUUCAUCUGCUCCCCCUGCAAUUGGUGCUGAAGAAUCAAUACAAGUGCUGUUCCAAAGUGCUCCUUUGAAGGAACCGGCCGCUCACCAGGUUUCAGCAGAUGCUCCCAGGCCCCUGCAAGAACUUGCAAAAGGGUAUGAGGAAAGCCGCCAGGGGAAGCCGCUCACGGGAGGCCCUGGCCAGAGAGCUCUUCCUCCUCCCCCAGUCCCGCCAGACCCCAAAAGCAGUGCAGUGAGCAGAAGAGCCAUGAAGCUUCGCGCUGAGGCGUCCAUCAUCAGGACCAGCAUCUUCUUGGAGCUGGAGGUGAAGAAAGAGAAGCUGAAUCUACACUUGAGGAAAAAAGUGCGAGCCCAGCUUCAGCCACCGCAAGGAGCUGGUCUGGAAAUCACUAUUCAGCCAAGGAGGAGAGCGAGGACAUCGCAGGCCUCCUCCAGCCCCCGGCCCCUGAGAAAGCCUCGGCGGUCCUUCUGCUAUGUGUGCAUGCCUUCCAACGACGCCAGCGCCAAGCUCAAGACGGUCUGCUGGUCCCUUCCCCGGUGGAUCCUGGAAAUGAACGGGUACCGCACACCCGAGGUGGCGCGCCUGGCCAGCAAAUCCAGAACUCCGCAGCCGGUUCAGAAAUGAGCCAGCUCCUGCCGUCCGGAAAGCCUGCAGUGUGUUGGCUCAUGGAAUGGGGCUCUUCCUAAUUAAAAAAAAAAGGGGGGGGGACAAUUAAAGACUUUGCCUGGAAA